AUGCCAAAAAAUAAGGGAAGACGCGGCCAGGGAGGCAAGAAGCUCAACCCCAACUCCAACAAUCCCUCUCCCGCGCCCUCAAACCCGGGAUCCGACACCGAAACCGGGCGAUCAAGUACACCAAAAAACACCCCGAUACCUAAAACCACAAAGAAAGUAGUUUUCAGCUCAGCGGACGACAUUAGUGGAGGCGGCGGAGAUGAAGAAGGAUCCAAUGCCUCGGUGACCUCCUCAGAGUUGCGAGAAAUUCGGGAUUUGGUUGCGACGGAAGGACUUGAGAAUGUGGAGGGAGAAAGGUUGCCGGGAAACUUUAGUGACCUGGAUGAUAAGGAUGACGAGGAUAGCAUUGAGAGCAAAUCGUCGAAGAGUAAAUUGCCUGAGGAUCCAGAGAAGACGAGUCCAGCGGCUGGUCCUUCAACUCGCAAGCCUGUUGCUGGCCACACAGAGUCCCCUAAAUCCCCUGAUACGUCGGGUGGGGAUUUCAGAAAGUGGCCUCCAGAGCUACCACCAGGACAGACAUUGAGCGAAGAGGAGGCCAAAAGGAUGGUGCUAGAUACGUCCAUGUUCGCGCCCCCAUCGAGUACAAAAGGUCCGUACGCCUCCGACAGUGUUGCUGACAUCUGGGAACCAGGAAUGGAGAGACCAGAUGCUCCAAGCUUCGAGGACAGACUGAAAGCCUUCGCGGCAAAAGUCCGAGCAGAAGAGAAGAAAGCUAAAGCUGACAAGGCCGCAGCAUCAACCCCACCUGGGGGAGAAUAUGUAUUUGCGAAGCCAACACCGAACACUCCUAAAGCGGGCCCCUCGGGAUCCAAGUCUUCUGGCAAGAAACCUGUGUACGGAGACAACUUCGCUAAACCCACCAGUACCAAGGGUCCAUAUGGUACAGGAGUUGAUAUUCCGGUAAUGGGAGAUGGUAAAGAUGUAGCACCUCGAACACCUUUGAGGACGCGCUACAAAGCUUGGGCGGAGGAACCUGACAGUCGGGAUAAUUCUUCUUCUUCUUCUGAUGAUGAUGAUGAUGGUUCGCGUGCAGGGAGACCAAUAGAUCUCAAGCCAAAAGAUACGAUGGGUGAUGAUGACCUAUCCGACGAUCCUGGAAGUAGCCCCUCGCUAGCCAAGUCGUCACCCGAAAAACCCUCAGUAAUGCCAGACUUGCCACAACUUACAGCCCAAAACGUAACUCCAAAAAAGCCAAUGGAGAGCUCAGAUGAACCCUUGUCCUCGAAGAAAGACAAGGGCAAAGGAAAAGAACCAGUCGCUCCUACCCCCAAGAAGCCCAUUAAACCAAAAUUCAACCCCAUCUUCGAAGCCUACCCAUACAUGCCCGGCACUGAUUUAGUAGACGGCAAAAUACCACAACACAUCCUCGAUGCCCCAGUCGUGGGUCGAGACGACGACCGUGAUUUCUCCCGGUCCCCUUCACCGGUAUUCUUCUUGGGAACACCCGUUCGAACGCCCGUUCAAUCGCCCACUCGAUCAUCAACGGGACCAGCAUCACCAAAGAAACUCACACCAAUAGCAGAAGAAACGAGUAAAGGGAAAGAAAAAGUUGGUGGUGACGAUGGUGGUUUCGCUCCAGCAACCAGUACCAAGGGUCCUUAUUCAGGGGGCGUCACGGUCCCAGUCGUGGGAACUCAAGACGAUGAUACCCGUCCAAGAACACCACCGAAAGAGCGAGAGGCGGCUGCUUUGGCUGGAACUGGUGGAACUGGUGGCAAGAAAUCAGACACACCAAAGAGCACUACCCAAACAGGCGGUAAGAAGAAAGGAGAUACGUUCGAACCACCGCCCGCGACGGCACCGUCCAAGACGGGCCCCAGAGGUCUAGUGAUGGGCCGUGAUGAUGAUAUUUUGAGACCAAGGACUCCACCCGAAGUAGGGAUGGAGAGAAGGGAAAAGGAACGAACGCAAAAGGAGGGAGCGAGGAAGAAGAGGCCGCAGUCUUUGCUUACAGCUUCUCAGCUUCCUGUAAGUUCAUCUCGGCUAAUUCUCAACCCCUGAAACUCAAAACAGUACCAAAAGAAGCGCAGAACGAAACUAGAGAAAGCUAACGAGAAAUCUCCAGACAACCCCAGAAAUGACAGCCUGGCGCGACUUCGCCCGCAAAAACCCCGACAGAGAAUGCAUAACCCUCGCCAAUUCUGCCAUGGACUCCCUCUUAUCGCACCAAAUCGACCUCGUAGCCGAGAACAUGGAGCUUGUCGCACUGAACAAGACCUACUCGGAGGAAUACGCCAACAUCGCAGACAUUAACCAAGCGUUGCUCGCCAACGAACAAGGAGUGAUCGACCAAUAUGAAGAGAAAGUCAAGGCGCUUGAAGAAGAACUUGCUGCGUUCAAGGCCCAGGAUCCAGAGAAAGACAACAUUGAGAAGCUGAAGAAAGACUUGCGAAGGAGUGAGGAAAGAGUUUCUUAUUUGUCGGGCAGUCUGAGGACGCUUUCAGGGCAGUUGGAGCCUUUGAAAAUGCAAGUCAUUCAGCUGGUGACGGAGAGGAAUCAACAACGCGAUACGAUUUUGGAGUUGGAGGAGGAUCUGGAAGCUGCGAGGGAUGACACAAUGCCCGGUAGCGACGCAACGGCCCAGUUGAAAGUCCAGAUGAGAAAAGCCGAGUUAAAAUGCCAAGAUGAAAAGGCUCUCUUGCGAAAAGAAGUAAAUGCCCUGGAAGCAGCUCUCAGCGAUGCCAGGAAACAACCAAGUGGAGGACAGCCUUCAGGAGGGGAUCCUAAUGCUCCUCCAGAAUACGACUUCGAGCGGCCGGAUUACAUAGAAUUAAACGACCGUAAGAACCCCUUCCCCCUGAAAGAAACCGGUGAGAAAACAUACUAAUCAAAGCAACACAGAGGACCUGACAGGCGAAGUCGACAUCUCAGAAUUCGGCCCCGCGACAACACUCAAUUUCGAAUUCGCCAUCAUGCGCUGCAAGAGCGGAAUCAAUAACAUACGAGUGUCCCGCGCCCUCCGAGGCUACGCCGCAGGCGACGCACGAGUAGCCAUUCGUGCCGCUCGGCAAGCUCUUGAAAUAGCCAGAGCGCUUCCCGUACUGGAGCAAAAUACCGAAGGGAGAGGCAGAGCCUUCUACUGGUUGGGAUAUGCGCUUUGGUAUGCGUACAAACCUACAGAGGCUCUGGACGCAUUCAGCAGCGCAAAUUUGUUGUUAGGCAAUCUGAGUGUACCGGAAAAACUAAAGAAUGAUGUCAGCGUUUGGGUUGAUGAGUUAUACAAGAGAAACAAUAAGGGUCCUACUCGGGAGAGACUGCCGUAUGCGAAGUUGGUUUUGACGCAUUUUUGGCAGGAGAUUUCGAGUCCGGAGGGUACACCUGUUCCUAUGUGA